UCUCUCUGUCAUUGCUGGUCUGCCAGUCCAGUUCCUUUCACUUCCAAGCAAGGCAGUGCACAGGAGGGAAAGGAUUUUCCUUUGAGUUUGCUUUUGGAGGUUUUUAAUUCUUUAAGAAGACUGACCUGUUUUCUAAGUACUUGAUUGUUGAACAAGAGGGAGGACACCAACAUUCGGGAGGAUUUUUAUUUUCAAAGAUUUUUUUUCUUUCAAUUGAAAGCACGUGGCAGCCGGCUCUGCCACUGAACGCUUCUACAGAGAGAAGAGUGAGUCAUUGAAUAAUUUGUCCGUCCUGGUUUAGUGGUCUGCAUAUUUCUGUUUAUUCAAACUCUCUGAGCCAGAUUAAGGAAGCACGAUGGUUGCUGGAAUGCUGAUGCCUCUUGACAGCCUGAGGGCCAUUUAUGAAAGGCUGUUCCGUGAUGGUGUAAUGGUGGCCAAGAAAGACAAGCGCCCUCAGACAAAGCACCCCGAGAUACCAGGGGUGGGAAACCUACAGGUGAUUAGAGCAAUGGGCUCCUUGAAAUCCAGAGGGUUUGUAAGGGAGACCUUUGCAUGGCGGCAUUUCUAUUGGUAUCUUACUAACGAAGGUAUUGUGUACCUGCGUGACUACCUUCAUCUGCCACCUGAGAUUGUCCCCACUCCACUGCAGAGAGUGCGGCGGCCAGCUGCUACCUUGUCCAUUGUUCAGAAGGCUGCACGUGUGCAGACUGUUGAGGGUCCAACUUCAUAUGUUUCCAAACCAGGAAGGGUAGGUGCAGAGAGCCAGGAGGCUCUGUUGGAAAGGCAGGGGUAUCGUCACAAGAGGAUGCAAACUGAAGAGGAGCCAAUGUCCAGUGAGAAAACAUCAAGGUUUAGAGGACGUCCAAUUACUGUUGAUUACAGCAAAUCCAAGGCAUAUGGGGAAUCUAGGGACCAAUUCCAGUCCAAGUAUGUAGUUGAUCAAGGCAUAGGCCACAGUGUUAAAAAGAAGAUUAUCUCAAUUUCCCAUCAGCCACCUGCUAAAAUCAGUAGUGCGACAUCUUUGGUACAGACGAUGUCUGAGGGCUACAAGGGAACCAAUGAGGCAUCUCAGAUUAAAAAUACACCAAAGACCGUGGAUCUGCCAGCACAAAUUGCUGUUACUGCUGAAACUGUUGCAGUUUCAGCCUCUAUGUCCACUAGCAAAGCAGUUAAACCCAAAGAAGAGGUAUGUAUUAGAUCCACCACAGAUCUCAUCAAUACCAAGACAGCCAAAGACACCGCUAUACUGCCUAAAUCUAAAGAACAAGCAGAACAAACCCUGAAAGUGACCAAGACUAAGAAUAUUCAGGAGCAUUUAUUCGAGGAGAAAAUGCCAGAAAAUACAAAAACAUGCAUCUCCAUAACAUCAUCUACUCCUCAGCCAGUGGAACUGAAGCCAGUGACUAAAGCACAAGAAACUAUUAGCAAGCCAGCCAAAGAUGCCAAUGGACCCCCUUCUUAUAAAGGACAAAUGGAACAGUCUCAAAGAGUGUCUGAGGUCAAGAAUAUUCAGGAGUAUCCAGUCAAUGAGGAAAUGCCACAAAAUACAGAAACCUAUCAGGAACUUGUGACUAGCGAGUCACCCAAGGAUAUCUCUUUGUCUUCUCAUUCUAAUUCACUAGUGGAAAAAAAAAUUAAAGUAACCGAGACCCAGAAUGUAAAGGAGCAUCCAGUUGAGAAGAAAAUAUCCAAAAAUACAGAAGCAUCUGUCUCUAUAUCAUCCACAUCUACUGUUCCACAGCUAGUGGAAUUAAAGCCAAAAGUUAAAGGCUCACAGGAACCCAAACCUAGCAUCCCGACCAAGCAUGCCCCCGUGGUCGCUUCUAAACAACAAGUGAAAGUUGCACAGAUGAAGAAUGAACAGCAGCAUCCAAUCAAGGAUGAACUGCCCAAAAAUGCGGAAACGUGCAUCUCCACAACAACUUCAACUAAUGAGCCAGUAGAAUUAAAGGCUAAGUAUAAAGCUUCUCAGGAUGUCAUUAUUAGCGAGCCAGCCAAGGAGACCUCAGUGCCUCUUUCCUCUAACAAACAAGUGGAAAAAACAGCAAAAGUGACCAAGAUCAAGAAUAUUCAGAAGCAUCCAGCCAAGGAUGAAAUGACCAAAAAUACAGAAACAUAUAUCUCUACAUCAUCCACGUGUACUUUUCAGUCAGUGGAAUUGAUGACUAAAACCACUCAGGAACUCUUCACUAGUGAGCCACUCAAGGAUGCCUUGAUGCCUUCUCAAUCUAAAAAACAAGAGGGAAAAUCACUGAAAGUGAUCAAGAGUAAGAGUUCUCAGGAGCAUCUAGUUAAGGAUGAAAUUCCCCAAAAUAGUGAAGCAAAUAUAUCCAUGUCGGCUUCUAGUGUUCCGGAAACGAAGGCACAGACAAAAGAUGUUACUGAUCUGGAUACAAGUGAAAAUACCAAGGAAAUAAAGGAGAAAGUUGACACUGGCAUAUCUUUGGGUUCUGCAGCGUCACGUGUGUCCAAAACAAACAAAGACGCAACGGUUAAUUUUGUGGUUGACGUUGUUAAAGAAAAAGCUGAAGUAUGUCUUGUGCAGCAAACUUCUGAAGCAUCUUUGGAGGAACAGACUGGAAAGGCUGCGACGGAAUCAGCCGUUCCACAAGCAUCACCUCAGACUGUCGUACCUAGCAAUGUUCAGAAGAGUAAGAAGUCACAGAAGACAUCUAUUAUUAAAGAGACAAGCAGAGACACCCAAAUGGCAUCCAAAGAUAUCAAGCCAGUUCAAGUAAAUCCAAAAGGGGCAGAAAUUCCUUCUCAGGAAUCAUCUACCACUGUUACCAAGACAGAGAGUAAAGUGCUUAAGCAUGAUACCAAACCAGUUAUUGAAAUCUCAGAUGCAGCUACUGUUGAACAAGUGAAAGAGGUUAUUAUGCAUGAAGAAAUAAAAGUUGUGGAACAAACAAAACCAAAACUGAAGAAAAUGACCAAGCAUGAAAUAACAUCAGUCCAACAAAUGCCACCACCAAUAAAACAAUUAGAAGAAUCAGAGGCUAAAGAUUUGAAAAAGAAUGAAGCAGAGGUAGCUCCAACGACUUCAAGAAGAAAGAAGAAAAAGCAGACUGCUGCUGAUAAACAAGUUCCAUCAUCAGCUGCAGAAAUAAGUGCGCCUAAGGAAAUGGUGUCAACCCAGGUUGCAGUGAAAAUUCAUCCCAACCAGAGGUCUGAACUAUUUGCAAUGAGUGAAUCUUCUAAAAUCUGCACUGAAGAUAGUAGCCAGACAGCAGCUGUACACUGUGAGGCCCCUAUACACAAAGGGGAGGUGGAGCCAGCUCAGCCCUCUGCUGAAAAAAUAAAACGGGAGGUUCUGAAAGAAAAAACAUCCUCCUCACAGCAACUGAGGGAAGCACCCACAGCCAAAGCGUCAGCAACAACCCAGGCCGGCCCCUACCCUGAGCACGGGGAUCCUCCCAGUGUUGCUCAACAUUCAGCAGCUCCUGACACACAAAGCAGAAGAGAGAAGCAAAAAGUGCUCUCUGUGAGCAAGGCUGUCAAAAAUCCUGUCACCACUGGCCCUCUCUCUGCUGAGGAGCAACAAGUGUUAGCUGAAGACGAAGCUGCCAUGCGGAAAAAGAUAGUUGUAGUGGAGGAGGUGAUUGAGGUGCAGCAGCAGAUUGCUACCCCGGGUGCAGAAGGAAGCCAACCUGUCGUUCCACCGGCACCUGAGGUUCCAGGAGACGACCUGGACUAUGAUGUUUUAGAGGAGUUGGCCAAAGAGCGUACUGUCUUUCAAAGUCCUGUCAAAGAGCUUGUCUGGGACCAUUCUCUGGAUGAGCCAGAGCCUAAAACCUUCCCAAACUUCAUUGAAGAUGAACGGGACAGGGUGCAGAAAAAGACUUUCACCAAAUGGGUGAACAAACACCUGAUGAAGCACCAGAGAGCACAGGCACAGCGUAAUGUGACUGAUCUGUAUGAAGACCUGAGAGAUGGACAUAACUUGAUCUCUCUGCUGGAGGUGCUCUCAGGAGAGACACUGCCUCGAGAAAAAGGACGCAUGCGAUUCCAUAAACUUCAGAAUGUACAGAUAGCACUGGAUUUUCUCAAACACCGGCAGGUCAAGUUGGUGAACAUUAGGAAUGAUGACAUUGCAGAUGGAAACCCCAAGCUUACACUGGGGCUCAUAUGGACCAUCAUUCUUCACUUCCAGGUUUCCUCUUCUAUUUCAGACAUCCAUGUCAAUGGGCAGUCUGAUGAUAUGUCAGCUAAGGAAAAGCUGCUCCUUUGGUCACAGCGUAUGGUAGAUGGGUACCCAAAUCUGCGCUGUGACAACUUCACCACCAGCUGGCGGGAUGGCAAGCUCUUCAAUGCUGUUAUUCACAAACAUAAUCCCAGACUUAUCGACAUGGGAAAAGUGUACCGCCAGACCAACCUGGAGAACCUGGAGCAAGCCUUCACUGUGGCUGAGAAAGAUCUCGGUGUCACACGUCUACUUGACCCAGAGGAUGUUGACGUGCCUCACCCUGAUGAGAAGUCCAUCAUCACAUACGUGUCCUCGCUCUAUGAUGCCAUGCCUCGUUCACUCGAUGCUCAUGAUGGUGUCAGAAUAACUGAGCUAGAGCUGCGCUGGAAGGAGUACUAUGAAAUGAUCACCAUUCUACUUCAGUGGAUCAGACACCAUGUUGUGAUCUUCGAGGAUAGGAAGUUCCCCGCUAGCUACGAGGAAAUUGAGAUCCUGUGGCGUCAGAUUUUGAAGUUCAAAGAGUCUGAACUUCCAGCCAAAGAGUCAGAAAAGGAGCGUUCUAAACAAAUUUAUCAAUCCUUUGAGAGUGCCGUGCAGAGUGGUCAGAUCAAAGUGCCCCCUGGUUACCACCCUAUUGACGUCGAGAAGGAAUGGGGCAGACUUUAUGUGUCCAUCCUAGAAAGAGAGCGACUGCUUAGAACUGAGUUUGAGAGGUUAGAGCGUCUCCAGCGGAUCGUUGGUAAGGUGCAGAUGGAGUCUGGUGUGUGUGAGGAGCAGCUGAACCAGAUGGAGAAUCUUCUACAGUCUGAUAUCCGACUGUUAAAUGCAGGCAAACCAGCCCAGAAAGCACUUGAGGUUGACAGAGGCUUAGACAAGGCUGAAGGCUUGAUCCGUCUCCUCUUCAACGACGUCCAGUUUCUCAAAGAUGGGCGCCACCUACAGGCUGAACAGAUGUACCGCAGGGUUUACCAUCUUCAUGAGCGUCUGGUGAAUCUGCGCAGUGACUAUAAUUUGAGACUCAAGGCAGCCCCUAGUAUGCGCCCUCAGGCCCCGCUGGAUGAUGUGACUCUGCGCUAUGCCCAAGAUCUGCUGGCAUGGGUGGAAGAGAACCAACGCAGGAUUGAAACUGCAGAGUGGGGCUCGGACCUACCCACUGUGGAGUCCCAACUGGGUAGCCAUAGAGGCCUUCAUCAAACAGUGGAGGACUUUAAGGCCAAGAUAGAGCGUGCACGAACCGAUGAGAGUCAGCUGUCUCCUGCCAGCAAGAGUACAUAUAGAGAAUAUCUAGCCAAACUGGACCUUCAGUAUGCUAAGCUCUUGAACUCAUCUAAGUCUCGCCUGAGGCACCUUGAUCAGCUCCAUGCUUUCGUCAGUGCUGCCACUAAAGAGCUCAUGUGGCUCAACGAUAAGGAGGAGGAGGAGGUCAACUUUGACUGGAGUGACCGUAACACUAACAUGACAGCAAAGAAAGAGAACUACUCUGGACUAAUGCGGGAGCUGGAGCUUCGGGAGAAGAAGAUCAGUGACAUCCAAACCAGUGGAGAAAGACUCAUUAAGGACGGUCACCCAGGCAGGAAGACUGUUGAGGCUUUUACUGCAGCCCUGCAGACCCAGUGGAGUUGGAUUCUUCAGCUUUGCUGCUGUAUUGAGGCUCAUCUCAAAGAGAACACUGCAUACUAUCAGUUCUUUGCUGAUGUCAAAGAGGCAGACGAGAAGAUGAAGAAGAUGCAAGACACCAUGAAGAAGAAGUACACAUGUGAUCGCUCUACCACCUCCACCCGUCUGGAGGACUUGCUGCAGGACGCUCAGGAUGAGAAGGAGCAGCUGAACGAGUUUAAAACUCAAACGGCUAGCCUCAACAGGAGAGCUAAGAGCAUCAUCCAGCUUAAACCUCGCAAUCCCACCACCCCCAUCAAAGGCAAGCUGCCAAUCCAGGCAGUGUGUGACUUCAAACAGAUGGAGAUCACAAUGCACAAAGGAGAAGAGUGUGCACUUCUCAACAACUCACAGCCUUAUAAAUGGAAGGUCCUAAACCAGUCAGGCAAUGAGGCUACUGUACCUUCUGUGUGCUUUAUUGUACCACCAGUGAACAAAGAGGCUGUUGAGAGUGUGUCUAAUCUGGACACUGGUCUCCAGCAGACAACAAUUCUGUGGCAGAGACUGCAUGGUGAUAUGAAGAGCCUGCUGUCCUGGCAGUACCUGAUGAGGGACAUCCAGCUUAUUCGUUCAUGGAACAUCUCCAUACUGAAAACCAUGAAGGUGGAUGAAUAUAGGCAGAUUUUGAGGAAUCUAGAGCUUCACUACCAGGACUUCUUGCGAGACACUAAGAACUCUCAGCUCUUCAGCCCAGAUGAGCGCAUGCUGACUGAGCAAGACUACAAGAAGGCAACACAUCACUAUGAGGAACUUCUCCAAACGAUGGAGAAAGGUGAGCAGGAUGAGUCAGUGUGUAAGACCUACAUUACACAGGUCAGAGACUUACGUCUGAAAAUUGAGGACUGUGAGUCUCGCACAGUGGCCCGCAUUCGCCAGCCAGUGGAAAAAGAUCCACUGAAAGACUGCCUCCAAAAAGCCACAGACCAGAAAAAACUGCAUGUGGAGCUGGAUGGCAUUAAGCAGAACCUGGAUAAGGUGGCUCAGAAAGCAGAAGAGGUACUCGCCUCUCCUGAGCAGACCAGCACUCCAGUCCUCCGCUCUGAGCUAGACAUCACACUGCAGAAGAUGGACCAUACCCAUUGCUUGUCUUCAGUCUACCUCGAGAAGCUAAAGACAAUCGAACUGGUGAUUCGCAAUACACAAGGAGCUGAGAGCAUUCUCAAAAAGUACGAAGAUGAACUCCGCAAGGUUUACACCGUCCCAACAGAUACCACAGAAGUGGAGACCUACCGUACUGAGCUCAAGAAAAUGCGCAGUGAGGCAGAGGGCAAACAGCCUAUCUUUGAUGCUCUUGAGGGAGAGCUGUCUAAGGCCACUGCCGUGAGUGAGCGCAUGGCCCAGGUGCACAGGGAGAGGGAUGUCGAGCUUGAUCACUACAAGCAGCAACUGUCCAACCUACAGGAGCGCUGGCAUGCCAUUUUUACCCAGGUUGACCUCCGACAGCGCGAGCUGGAGCAACUGGGGAGGCAGCUGGGAUAUUACCGUGAAAGCUAUGACUGGCUUAUUCGCUGGAUCACAGAUGCAAGACAAAGACAGGAGAAAAUCCAGGCUACACCCAUUGGUAACAGCAAGACCCUGAAAGAACAACUGGUUCAAGAAAAGAAACUUUUGGAGGAGAUUGAGAAAAACAAAGAGAAAUGUGACGAAUGCCAUAAAUAUGCUAAGGCAUAUAUUGACACUAUUAAGGACUAUGAACUUCAGCUGGUUGCUUACAAAGCACAGGUAGAACCCCUGACUUCACCAUUAAAGAAGACCAAGAUGGAGUCUGCCUCUGAUACCAUCAUUCAGGAGUAUGUAACUCUGAGGACUCGCUAUAGUGAGUUGCUGACCUUGACCAGCCAGUACAUCAAGUUCAUCACAGACACACAGAGCCGCCUAGAGGACGAGGAGAAAGCUGCUGAGAAACUUAAAGAGGAGGACAGGAAAAAAAUGGCUGAUAUGCAAGCUGAGUUAGAGAAACAGAAGCAGCUAGCUGAAGCACAUAAACAAGCUGUUGCCAAAUCAGAGAAAGAGGCACAGGAGCUCAAAGUCAUGAUGGAAGAAGAAGUUAGAAAGAGAGAGGUUGUUUCUGUGGAUGCUGAGAGCCAAAAGCAAAAUAUUCAGCAAGAGUUGCAUGAGCUCAAAAUAAUGUCAGAACAGCAGAUCAAAUUAAAAAGUCAGCUGGUGGAAGAUGCUCAUCAGAGUCGAUCCAAAAUAGAGGAGGAGAUACGUAUCAUCAGACUUCAACUUGAAAUGACAUUAAAGCAGAAAUCCACUGCAGAGGCAGAAUUGCAAAAGCUAAAGGACAAUGCAGCAGAGGCAGAACGACUCCGUAAAGCAGCUCAGGAGGAGGCUGAGAAACUCCGCAAACAGGUCACUGAAGAAACUCAGAAAAAACGUGAGGCAGAGGAGAAGCUAAAGCUUAAGGCCGAUGCCGAAAUCGAGGCUUCUAAGCAGAAGCAAAAAGCCUUAAAGGACCUUGAACAGCUCAGGUUGCAUGCAGAAGAGGUGGAGAGAUGCAGGAAACAGGCUGAGGUGGAAAAAGAACGACAGAUCGUGCUUGCUCACGAAGCAGCACAGAAAAGUUCAGCUGCUGAACAAGAGCGCAAGCGCAUGUCAUAUGUUGAAAAGACAUCAAAACUUGAAGAAUCACUUAAAGAAAAGCAUGGAACUGUCAUUCAGCUGCAAGAGGAAGCUGAACGCCUCAAAAAGCAAUCUGAGGAUGCAGAUAACGCAAGAGUGGAAUCUGAAAAAGAGCUAGAAAAAUGGAGGCAAAAAGCCAAUGAGGCCCUUCGCCUAAGGCUCCAGGCUGAAGAAGAAGCCCACAAGAAAUCUCUUGCCCAGGAAGAAGCAGAGAAGCAGAAAGAAGAGGCUGAGCGUGAAGCAAAGAAGCGGGCCAAAGCUGAGGAGUCUGCCCUGAAGCAGAAAGAAAUGGCAGAACAAGAACUGGAGAGACAGAGGAAACUGGCUGAAGGUACAGCUCAGCAGAAGCUCUCUGCUGAACAGGAGCUCAUCCGUUUAAAGUCUGACUUUGAGCAUGCAGAGCAGCAGAGAUCCCUGCUUGAGGAUGAGCUUUACCGCUUAAAGAAUGAGGUAAAUGCUGCUGUGCAACAGCGGAAACAGCUUGAGGAUGAACUGGCCAAGGUAAGAAGUGAAAUGGACAUACUUCUACAGCUUAAAGCCAGAGCUGAGAAAGAAAGUAUGUCUAACAUUGCAGAGCGAAAAGAGCUUCUUGAAGCUGAAGCUGCUAAAAUGAGGGAACUUGCAGAAGAAGCAGCUAAACUUCGUGCGAUCGCCGAAGAGGCUAAAAGGCAGAGACAGGUAGCCGAGGAGGAAGCUGCCAGACAAAGAGCAGAAGCUGAAAGAAUACUGAAAGAAAAACUUGCAGCUAUCAAUGAGGCUACCUGCCUAAAAACAGAAGCAGAGAUCGCACUCAAAGAGAAAGAGGCAGAAAAUGAGCGUCUGCGAAGAAAAGCUGAAGAUGAGGCAUACCAAAGGAAAGCUCUUGAAGAUCAAGCAAGCCAGCACAAGCAAGACAUUGCGGAGAAACUACAACAUCUCAAGAAAUCUUCUGAUAUGGAAUUAGAGAGACAGAAAGGAAUUGUAGAUGAAACCAUCAAACAGAAACGAGUUGUUGAAGAGGAGAUCCGUAUCUUAAAACUUAAUUUUGAGAAGGCAUCAUCGGGUAAGCUUGAUUUGGAACUUGAAUUAAACAAACUAAAGAAUAUUGCAGACGAAACCCAACAGAGUAAGUUGCGGGCCGAAGAUGAAGCCGAAAAACUUCGAAAGCUUGCCUUGGAGGAAGAGAACAGAAGAAGGGAAGCUGAAGAAAAAGUUAAAAAGAUUGCUGCUGCAGAGGCAGAGGCAGCUCGACAGCGGCAGGCUGCCCAAGAAGAGUUGGAGCGUCUCAAAAAGAAGGUAGAAGAGGCCAAAAAGCAGAGGGAAGAAGCCGAUAAAGAAGCUGAGAAACAGAUUGUUGCAGCAAAUGCAGCGGUGCAGAGGUGUAAUGUUGCUGAACAGCAAGCCCAGAGUGUCCUUUUGCAGCAAAAGGAAGACAACCUUGUACAAGUGAAACUAAAGGAAGAGUAUGAGAAAGCUAAAAAGCUUGCUGAAGAAGCAAAUAGGGCCAAAGAAAGGGCAGAAAAAGAGGCAGCGCUCCUUCACCAAAAAGCAGAAGAGGCAGAGCUUCAGAGGCAAGCUGCUGAAGCUGAAGCUGCCAGCCGAACCGAAGCACAGAAGGAUGCUGAGAGAAUGAGAAAAGAGGCUGAGUUAGAAGCAGCCAAGCAUGCUCAGGCAGAAGCUGCUGCACUGAAACAGAAACAACAAGCUGAUGCAGAAAUGGCGAAGCAGAAAUUGCUGGCGGAGCAAACCCUUAAGCAGAAGUCUCAGGUUGAGCAAGAGCUUAUUAAGGUGAAACUGCAGUUGGAUGAAACUGACAAACAGAAAUCCCUCCUCGAUGAGGAGCUUCAUCGCCUUAAGGAUGAGGUCAGCGAUGCUGUUAAACAAAAGGCCCAAGUAGAGGACGAGCUAUUCAAGGUUAAAAUUCAAAUGGAGGAGCUUGUUAAGCUCAAGCUCAGAAUAGAAGCAGAGAAUCAACGUCUAAUCAGAAAGGACAAAGAUAACACACAACAGUUUCUGGCUGAGGAGGCUGAAAACAUGAAAAAGUUGGCCGAAGAAGCUGCCAGACUUAGUGUAGAGGCGCAGGAGGCUGCACGCUUGAGACAAAUUGCAGAGUCUGACCUUGAUCAGCAAAGGGCACUUGCUGAAAAAAUGCUUAAAGAAAAGAUGCAAGCUAUUCAGGAAGCAUCCAAGCUGCGAGCUGAAGCUGAAAUGCUACAGAGACAAAAAGACUUGGCACAAGAGCAGGCUCAGAAGCUGCUUGAAGACAAACAGCUGAUGCAGCAGAGACUUGAAGAAGAGACCAAAAAAUUGGAAAUACAGCACUUAUCCAGUAUCAAAGAAACUGAUGAGCUACGCACAUCAAUUGCUAAACUUGAAAGAGAAAAGGAUAAAUUGAAAAAAGAUGCUGAAGAAUUGCAGAAAAAGUCUAAAGAGAUGGCAAAUGCUCAGCAGGAACAAAUUAAACAGGAGAAAACAAUCCUUCAGGAGACAUUCAUCUUCGAAAAGGAGCAGUUGCUGAAAAAAGAAAAACUAAUUGAAGAUGAGAAAAAGAAACUAGUGAGCCAGUUUGAAGAAGAACUGAAAAAAUCCAGAGCUCUAAAAGAUGAACAAGAGCGGCAACAAAAACAAAUGGAAGACGAGAAGAAAAAACUUCAGGCUACCAUGGAUGCUGCUCUUAAGAAACAAAAGGAAGCUGAAGAAGAAAUGGUCAAUAAGCAAAAACAGAUGCAAGAGUUUGAGAAGAAAAAGCUUGAGCAUGAAAAACAGCUUGCUGAAGAAAACAAGAAAUUACGUGAAAGACUUUUGCAGCUUGAAAUCAUUCAGCAGCAAAGCGUGAUUGUGGAGAACCAGUCUAGAGACCUUAAUGGACAGAGUGUUGAAAUUGACAGUACAAAUGGAGACUCUGCUUUAUGUUUUGAUGGCAUUCGUGAGAAGGUUCCAGCAAGCCGCCUGCUAGAAAUAGGCCUUAUAAGCAAAAAGGAUUAUGAUAAUUUAACCAAAGGCAAGAUCACUGUGAAUGAGCUUAGCCAGACCGAAAAACUUAAAACUAUACUUAAAGGCAGUAACUGUAUUGGGGGCUUGAUUGUUCAUCCAAACCAUAAAAUGCCCAUUUAUGAAGCCAUCAAAGAGAAGAAAAUUUCUCCUGGAACUGGUAUAGUCCUGUUAGAGGCACAGGCAGCCUCUGGAUACAUUAUUGAUCCUAUUAAUAACAAGAAGUUAUCUGUCAAUGAGGCGGUGAAGGAAGGUCUAAUAGGCCCUGAACUUCAUAACAAAAUGCUAUCUGCUGAGAAGGCUGUGACUGGUUACAAGGAUCCCUAUACAGAGGCAAAGAUUUCACUCUUUGAAGCCAUGAAGAAAGGUCUUAUUUUGGAAGAACAUGCCAUCAGACUGCUUGAGGCUCAAAUUGCAACAGGAGGAAUCAUUGACCCAGUCAACAGCCAUCGUGUACCCAUUGAAACAGCCUAUAAACAAGGUCAAUUUAAUGCAGAAAUGAACAAAAUUCUCCAGGACCCCUCUGAUGACACGAAAGGAUUCUUUGAUCCAAACACCCAAGAAAAUCUCACAUACUUGCAGUUGAUGAAGCGAUGUGUCACAGAUCCUGAAACAGGAUUACUUCUCCUACCGAUUUCAGAAACGGCUGCCCUUAAUGCUAAAGCAUUCACGGAUGAGGAAACUAAGGAUAUUUUCAAUAAGACAAAUGUGUCUGUGCCAUUUGGAAGAUUCAGAGGAAAGACUGUUACAAUUUGGGAGAUAAUAAGCUCCGAAUAUUUUACAGAAGACCAGAGAAAAGAUUUAAUUCGCCAGUACAAAACAGGCAAAAUUACAGUAGAAAAGAUCAUCAAAAUUAUAAUCACUGUUGCUGAAGAAAAAGAGAAAGCAAACGAGCUUGCAUUUGAUGGCCUUAGAGCAUCUGUUCCUGCUACAGAGCUACUAGAAUCAAAAGUUAUUGACAAAGAUCUUUAUAACAAGUUACACAAAGGAAAUAAGACUGUCAAAGAGGUAUCUGAGAUGGAGUCAGUACACAAAGCUCUGAAGGGUUGCAACUGCAUUGCAGGAGUAGUCAUCGACACAACUAAAGAGACCAUGUCAUUCUACCAGGCUUUGAAAAAAGAUGUGAUGAGGCCAGGCCCUGCUCUUGCUCUCUUGGAAGCUCAAGCUGCAUCUGGAUAUAUUGUAGACCCUGUGAACAAGCAGAUCCUUACAGUAGAUGAAGCUGUAAAAGCAGGUGUUGUUGGCCCUGAGCUACAUGAAAAACUGCUGUCUGCAGAAAGAGCUGUCACUGGCUACCGGGAUCCUUACACUGGAAAAACUGUAUCUCUCUUUGAGGCAAUGAAAAAAGAACUGAUUAACAAAGACCAGGGAAUCAGAUUUCUUGACGCACAACUGGCAACAGGAGGCAUCAUAGACCCAGUUAAAAGCUACCACAUUCCACAAGAAAUUGCCUACAAACGGGGUUACUUUGAUAAUGAAACGUAUAAGGUCUUGACUAACCCAACAGAAGACAUCAAGGGUUUCUAUGAUCCAAACACACAAGAGAAUGUGUCCUAUCAGCAGCUUCAGAAAAGAUGCAUUACUGACAAAAAGACUGGGCUUCAGCUUCUGCCUUUGUCUGAGCAAGCGAUCAAUGCCAAAGAGGAAGAGAAAUACACUGAAGCACAGUCCAAAGAAGCACUGACACAGGCAUCAGUAGAGAUUCAGAGUGGACCAUUUAAAGGCAGAAAAGUUACCAUCUGGGAGAUAAUCAAUUCUGAAUAUCUUACUGAGGAACAACGACUUGAUUUAAUCAGGCAGUACAGAUCUGGAAAAAUUCAAAUUGAAAAGAUAAUAAAGAUUGUAGUUACAAUUGUGGAAGAGAGAGAGGCCAAGAACCAAGAUCAGUCCGGUUUCAAAGGUCUCAGGGCUCCUGUCCCAGCAAAAUCCCUUUUGGAAUCCAAAAUUAUUGAUAAAUCUACCUAUGACUUGCUUCAACAAGGUAAGAAGACUCCAGAUGAAGUCAGCAAAAACAACAAUGUUAGUAAGUACUUACAAGGCUCUGAUACCAUUGCUGGCAUAUACCUUGAACCUACAAAAGAAAAGCUUGGCAUUUAUCAAGCAAUGAAAAAGAAACUUUUGAGACAGAACACAGGAACUGCUCUACUUGAAGCCCAAGCUGCUACAGGUUUUAUUGUGGAUCCUGUAAAGAAUCAAUUUCUCACAGUUCAUGAUGCUGUUAAAGCAGGUCUUGUGGGACCUGAACUUCAUGAAAAACUUCUCACUGCUGAAAAAGCUGUUACUGGCUACAAAGACCCAUUCACAGGCAAAACUAUCUCCUUGUUUCAAGCCAUGCAAAAAGAGCUCAUACCCAAAGACCAUGCCAUGCCUCUAUUAGAGGCACAGAUUUCCACAGGAGGAAUUAUUGAUCCAGUUAACAGUCAUCGGAUUCCCAUUGAUGUGGCAUGCCAGCGGGGUUAUUUCAGCAAGGAAAUGGCCAGCAUUAUAGCUGAACCCUCAGACAUAAACAAGACUUUCUCUGACCCUGAGACUGAUGAGAAUGUGACAUAUAAACAGUUAAAAGACAAGUGUAUGAAAGAUCCUGAGACGGGCUUAAACCUCUUACGACUAUCCAAACCACAGGCACCAACAGUGGUCGAAAAGACUUACCUUUAUACUGAACAACAAACCCAGAGCGAUCUAGCUACUACUCAGUUGGACCUACCAAUUGAAGGUCUUGCUCAAGGUUCAAUGUCCCUCUGGGAUGUUAUGAACUCAAAUCUGCUACCUGAAGAAGAAAGGACAAAACUCCUGGACGAAUAUCGUUCUGGCAAAAUAACUAAAGAGCGAAUGAUUAUUAUUAUCAUUGAGAUAAUGGAGCAGAGAGAAAUCAUCAGAGGGGAGAACAUCAAGUCAUGUAAUACGGGCAGACGCCGUGUCACAAUCGAAGAACUCUACAGUGCCCGUAUAAUUGACAUAGAAACAUUCAACCUACUAAAGCAAGAGAAGAAGACCAUUCGUGAGAUCAUGGAGUUAGAGAGUGUUAAACAGUACUUGUUUGGUACUGGCAGCAUUGCUGGUGUGGCCCCUGAUUCCAAAUCUAAAAUCAGUAUUUAUCAGGCAAUGAAGAGAGGGCUUAUGAAUCCAGAAGAUGCAGUUGUCUUCUUGGAAGCCCAGGCAGCCACUGGGUUUAUCAUUGAUCCUGUGAAGAAUGAGAUGCUUACAGUUGAUGAAGCAGUGCGCAAAGGUGUCGUAGGGCCAGAAAUUCACGACAAACUUUUGUCAGCAGAAAGAGCAGUGACUGGGUAUAAGGAUCCAUACAGUGGCAAAAUUAUUUCUCUUUUCCAGGCAAUGAAAAAGGGCCUUGUGCAAGAUGACUAUGCUUUAAGGCUACUUGAGGCUCAGACAGCAACUGGUGGUAUUAUAGAUCCAGAAUUCAACUUCCAUCUGCCAGCAGAUGUUGCCACACAACGUGGCUAUAUCAACAAAGAAACAUAUGAGAAACUCACUGAUGAAGUUAAAGGAUAUGUUGAUCCUGUUAAUGAAGAAAAACUCUCAUAUGCACAACUGCUCAAGAGAUGCAGGCUUGAUAAAGAUGGACAGUAUUUGCUGCCUUUAGCAGAAAAAAGACCAAUGUUCAAGGGUCUCAGAAAAGAAAUCACAAUUGAAGAAUUGAUACGCUCACAGAUUAUUGAUGCAGAAACUGUCUCUGCACUUAAUGAUGGUUUGUUAACAGUUGAAGAGGUGAGCAGUAGGCUUAAGAAAUACCUUGAGGGCACAAGCUGUAUUGCUGGAGUGUUUGUGGAAGCAACUAAAGACCGUCUUUCUAUAUACCAAGCCAUGAAGAAAAAUAUGAUCAGGCCUGGGACUGCCUUUGAAUUGCUGGAAGCCCAAGCAGCUACGGGAUACAUCAUUGACCCAAUUAAGAGUCUUAAGUUAACAGUUGGUGAAGCUGUGAAGAUGGGGAUAGUGGGUCCAGAAUUUAAAGACAAGCUCAUGUCUGCUGAACGGGCUGUAACUGGAUACAGAGAUCCUUAUACAGGUAAAACCAUCUCACUAUUCCAGGCUAUGAAAAAAGGUUUGAUUCUCAAAGACCACGGAAUUCGUCUUCUUGAAGCUCAGAUUGCUACUGGAGGUAUCAUUGACCCAGAAGAGAGCCACCGCUUGCCUGUGGAAGUGGCUUACAACCGUGGAUUCUUUGAUGAAGAGAUGAAUGAGAUCCUCUCUGAUCCAUCUGAUGACACCAAGGGCUUUUUUGACCCAAACACUGAGGAGAAUCUAACCUAUCUGCAGCUAAUGGAGAGAUGCAUUAUAGACCCAGAGACUGAUCACUUGCUAUUACUCUUAAAGGAGAAGAAACGAGAAAGAACAACAUCCUCCAAAUCAUCUGUUCGCAAACGCAGAGUUGUUAUUGUUGAUCCUGAGUCAGGCAAAGAAAUGUCUGUGUAUGAGGCCUAUCGCAAAGGCCUCAUUGAUCACCAAACAUAUCUUGAACUUGCAGAGCAGGAAUGUGAAUGGGAAGAAAUCACAAUGACAUCAUCUGAUGGUGAAGAGAAGUCCAUAAUCAUUGACAGAAGGUCAGGUCGCCAGUAUGACAUUGCUGAUGCUCUGGCAAGAGGUCUUAUUGAUCAGUCUGCUCUUGACCAGUAUCGCUCUGGCAACCUUGCCAUUACAGAAUUUGCUGACUUGUUGUCUGGAAACAUGAGUGGCUUUCGCUCACGGUCAUCAUCCAUUGGAUCCUCUUCCUCCUAUCCAAUGAGUCCAAUACCAUCUAUUAAAACACCCACAACUCUGUGGAAUGAUCCAACUGAGGAAACUGGACCUGUGGCUGGCAUUCUUGAUACAGACACUUUAGAGAAGAUUUCAAUCACUGAAGCCAUGCACAGAAACAUAGUGGACAGCAUCACUGGCCAAAGACUGCUGGAGGCACAAGCUUGCACUGGUGGCAUAAUAGACCCAUCAACUGGGCAAAAGUACUCUGUUGUUGAUGCAACUAAUAAGGGGCUUCUAGAUAAGAUAAUGGUUGACAGAAUUAACCUAGCACAGAAAGCCUUCAAUGGAUUUGAGGAUCCUAGAACCAAAGUGAAAAUGUCUGCUGCACAAGCCCUUAAGAAAGGCUGGCUGUAUUAUGAGGCUGGUCAGCGUUUUCUGGAGGUGCAGUAUCUUACUGGUGGGCUUAUUGAACCAGAGGCUGAAGGAAGAGUAUCUCUGGAAGAAUCAAUCAGGAAAAGCAUUAUAGAUGCUCGCACAGCCCAGAAGCUAAGGGAUGUGAGUGCUUAUUCCAAAUACCUUACAUGUCCCAAAACUAAACUGAAGAUCUCCUACAAGGAUGCAAUGGACAGAAGCAUGGUUGAGGAAGGAACUGGGCUAAGAUUGCUAGAAGCCUGUUCACAGUCUAGUAAAGGGCUUUACAGUCCAUUUAAUAUAAGUGGCGCCGGGUCUGCUACUGGCUCAAGAUCUGGAUCCAGGACAGGAUCUAGAUCAGGUUCAAGAAGAGGUAGCAUUGAUGCCACUGGAUCCGCCUUCAGCUUGAACUUCUCCUCAUCUUCCUAUACAUCCAGCAGUUAUUCUCGCAGAUUCUAAUACUGCCCCUGUUACAGUAUGCAUUUAGCCCAAACUCUCACAGCACUGUCAGUGAUACAAUCUUGUAGCUUCAAAAAGGCUAGAUUUUAAAUCAAUUCCCCCACUACACACUACAUCUGCGGAAAACAAAGAUUUAUUUAUUAAUUUUAAUUUGCACGAUUUUGUUAUAGAAAAGUGCAUUCCAGAAACUACUGUUAUGUUCUUAUUGGAAGCUGGUGACAGUGUCCCAUUAUAUGUAGUUUGGGUGCUUAAAUACUAUGCAUUGUAUAGCCAACCAUGACAUUUAUUCAUCCUUACAGUUUUCUUCUAACUUCAGAUCAUUUUUAUAUACAAGUAAUGUUGAAAAUUUUGCUCAUUACUCAAAUACCACUGCUGAAUUUAUAGGACGUUAUUAUAGUUAAAUACAUCAACUAUCUAGUUAUUUUUUACAGAGAGUAUUUUUUAUUAACUACUACUUUUUGCUUGCAUUCGUACUUUAAUUUAAGAUGUCUUUAUAUUUUACUUAGAUUUGCUUUCAAGUUAACAAACCAGGAAAUAUGCCAAAAUGGACAAGAACAUUAUAUUAACAAGAUUUAAAGUAUACACGUGUUUUUUAUGCAUGUAUAUGGCUGGUUAACAGAACAUGCCAUCAUGGAAGUAGUGUUGAGCAAAAAUGAUUGCAGAAUGUAUAGAGAGAAAUAUCACAUGACAUUUUGAUGUUAACACUGGACGAGGAAAGCAUACUUAAUGUAACAUCAAGUAUGCAACAACCCAAGCAUCUCACAACCCAGACUUAUUCCCCAAUAUGGAAGUAUACACCUUAUUUAUUAUCAUCAAAUGUCCUUUAUAAUACAAUAAAUAAGAGCACCAAUAUCCCCUGUCACCAUGAAACAACUACACAGUUCACAGUCAUUUCAUUCAAGCAUUCCUGGUGUAUUGUGCCAAGAAGAAUUAAGAUGUCCGACCCUACCUCUACUCAUAGCAUCUGGACAAACCUGAAUGCGAUGCUGAGCAUUUAAUACUUUGUUUAUCUAUAACCAAAGCUGUAGUAAUGGAAGAGAGUGUUAGUGUGAUCUUGAGCAGUAAAAUCGAUGCUUGCCCACAGCCCUCAGCUCCAAAGAUCCAGAUCUGCAGUGAGCCUUUCAUUCCUUUCUUCUGUUGCUACUACAGUAUCAUAUGCUCAGAGAAGGUAGAGGCUAGGGUUACUCCGAAGUUUUCCUUCAAUGUCAUACCAGCAAUUGACUGUCAUCGAAUGAACAUUUGGUGCCAUUACUAUCUACAGUGUUCACAAACAAACUUAAUUUUGGCAAAACUACUCCUUGUGCUCCUACAUUAUUUAAAGAGUACCGAGAAACUUUUUCACAGUAAUGCUCCUAUAUUUCUUCUAAUCCGUCAUUUCACAGUUCUAUUAGGCAGUGUAAAGCAUUCAAUAUGCAUUCCACUUGUCGAGUGUGUGCUACUGUAUUUUGAAGUUUUGAGUUCAGCUAUUCAAAUUAGUGUAUUAGGAUAUACUAUUGGAAUACUUUUUUGUUGCUCCAUUUUUAGCAUAGAUAUUGUUUUUUUUCCCCUCAACCAGUGUUUCUUCUAAUCCACUGUUUAUUUUCUUGAAAUGAUUUGUUUAUAUCUUCAUAUUUGGUUUCUUUUUUCUUCAUUUUGAUAUCAUGUUCUGUAAUAUAUUUGCUUUGCAUGGUUUACUAACUUAAUAUGACAUGAAGAGCAGACAUAUAUGAAUUCCAUAAUUGUCAUUGUAAGGUUAGAACCUUAUUAUUGCAAAUGUAUGAAAUCCAAACUGAUCUGUGCAUGAGGUAUAUAAUGCUGGGAGGAAAUGACAUUGCUUUUUAGAAUAACCUCAUAUUCUAAUGUAAAUAAAAGAAUUAUAGAAAUACUA